AAAUGAACAGGCCCCCGGGCGGCCCCGAGCUGCUCGGACGCCCUGCGGAGGGCUCGGACCGCAGCGGAGCGCGAGCCCAGGGGUCACCGGCUUGGUGAGUGGGUUGCCGGGGGCCCGGGUCGGAUGCCGGGGCCAGGAGGACGGAGGGCGGGCGCAACCGGGCCCAGAGAUGACUCUGGACACGGACGUGGCUGAGACGCGCAGGGGCUCCGAGCAGAGGACCUGCCGGACCUGUGAAGGACGCGGGGUGCAGAAAGCCGGGGACCAGCUGUCCACGGACGGACGGGGACGCCGACCCACGGAGGGCGGGGGGCACACUCAUGCCAUAUCCCCGCCCGGCGCAGAGAGGAAUCCGCGGCUUCACCGCGCAACCGAAGAGAGAGGAGGAGGCCAGCGGGCCCGGCCGUCGGCACCAUGGCCAGCUGCCGCCACCAUUCGGGCUACCUGGCGGACGAUGAGGCCGGCCACCCUACCUACGUGGCCCGGGUGCAGCCACCUAGGAAGUCACUGUUCUCGGAAAUGGGCCACGCCUCCAAGCCGGGCCACAGGCCACACCCGCCUUCCUCGCAUGAUCCCUCUGGCAGCUCAGGCCGCUGCAGAAACCCUAAGGGCCCUCGACCCUUUAGGAGCUUCCUGGAUUUCCUUGUCGAGGGUCAGGUGCUGGAAAGCCUGCAGACGGUGGUGGAGGAGGCAACGGAGCGCAUGGCCACCGUGAAGACCGAGGCGGGAGUGCCGCUGGUGGAGGUGCAGGACCCCGUGGAGGUGCCGAGGGGCGGGCGCCGGGCGCGGGCCCGGCCCAGCCUCAGCACCCUCCGCCGGCACCGCGCCCGGCCCGGCCUCUGCGUGGGGCGCCCCAACAAUUACCCCUCCCGCUCCAGCUCCAUGUCCGACUCCCGCAGCAGCUGCACAGCCGCCGACUGGCCGGGCUGCCACAGCCGGGACAGCGACCUGGGCUCCCAGGGCCUGGGCCGACUGCCACCCGUGACGGACCAAGUCCUGCUGGAGAAGAGCCUCAAACGGCUGCUGCAGCUGGAGAACCGAGGGAGAGGCCUGGGGCAGGCCUCCUCCCACGGGGACUCGCUGCUGUGGGACUCGCUGGACAGCCAGAGCAGCACCCAGUGGACCGUAGAGCAGCCCCUGUCGUGGUUCUCAGGCCCGCUGGGCUCGAGCUGGGACACGCACGAAUCGUCAGAGCUGGGGCCCACGGAGCGCGAGCUGGGCUUCCUCAGGCGGCAGCUGAACAAGGAGAUGAGAUCCCUGCUGAGCCAUCCGGCGUCGUUUGAGCUGCCUGGCUACUGUGCGCUCCGCGAGCCCCAUCGGACGCUGGACUUCCUGGCCGAGCACCACCUCUUCCCCGCCCUGCAGAACGUGGUCAACCGGGCCGUAGAGAAGCUCAGCGGCGCCCGCCGCCGCGACGGCGGCCCGCUCUUCCCGUCGGAAUGGGAGACCGCCCGGGAGUCAGACUCCAAGAUGGCCACGCCCACGGACGGGGAGGAGCUCUACGAGUCACCGCCCACCACGGCCUCCAGCCCCCGGACCGAGCAAAGGAAGAGCCAGCCCAAGGGUCGCGCCAAGGCCAAGGAAGGUGGCUCUCCCGUGCCUAGCCCUCAAGUGGCCACCAGGUUCCGGCUUGAGGUGACAGCCACUGAAGAGCCCAAGAGCCCCGGCUGCAAGUUCAGCAAGAAGAAGCCACUGCCCUCCAUCCUGUCCAGGUCCAGCAGCGUGUCCCAGCUCUCCAACCCCUGGCACGAGGAACUCGUCGACUACCUGAAGGAUCAGGCCGUGUCCCUGCUCGUCCACAAGUACAGCUUUGAGAAGAACCUCGCCGACCAGCUGGGCUUUAUCUCCUUCCCGGUCACUGAGGCGCUCAUGGACCUCUACCUGGGCUUCAAGAAGGUGAAGGGCUCACACAUCCACCUGUCCUCCACGGUUGACUGGCACUGCCUGCUGCGCCGGCUGGAGGAGGCCGAGUCCAGCCGACGCUCGUCCCGGCUGGCGUUCCCGGCCCCCUCCCGACCAACCUCCCAGCACAGCACCCCCCGGCGAGGCAUGGGGACCCCCGCCACGCCCUCCGAGGUCUCCGCCAGGGGCCACAGGAUCCGGGAUAAGCCCACGGGGCCCUCCCGCCUCGACACGAGGCCCCAGGGCUCCCGGCCACACCCCCCACAGGAGCGCUCCAGGCCCCCAGAGGCCAAGCGGUUCCUGUCCCCCACCAAGGCCGGCGUGGCCUCCCAUCCGUCCGAACAGACAGUGGACAUGGAGGACCGGCAGAGCAUGGAGGAGGAGGAUGAAGAGGAGGAGGAUGAAGAGGAGGAAGAUGAACAGGAGGAGGAGGAGGAGGAAGACUUCUUUGGAGAUGAGGACUGGCCCCAGAGCUCCCAGGAGCCUCCAGGGGAGGCCACAAUCAGCUCCCCCGUGGCAGGCUCCGGGGCAGGCCCCAGUGACCCCUUGUGAGGCCCCGUGCGGCCUCACCAAGCACUGCAUGGCCCACUCCUCCUGCCACCGCCGACCACUGCUGAUGCACCUGCCCUGCCCGAGCAGAGGUCAGAAUGGUUGGUACCCACGAGCAGCUUCGCUGAGCCUCUCGCGGGAGCCAACAGAAAGAAUAAAGCUUGUGUUGAUGCA